AUGCUCAGCAUUAAAAAAUUCGCCAGCGCUGAAGCAUCGGUCAUAUGGGCAGGCGUGAAGGUUGUGACGGUGGCGAAUUUUACGCAUGCGUGCAGUUCACAAAAGGCCUCGGGAGCCCGGCGACUGGAUCGGACGCAGCGAGUUUACAAUGGGGAGAAGCCUUUCACCUGCUCAGUCUGUGGGAAGGAAUUCACUCAGUCAUCCAAUCUGCUGAGUCAUCAGCGAAUUCAAACUGGAGAGAGGACAUUCACCUGCUCAGUUUGUGGGAAGGGAUUCACUCAGUCAUCCCAAUUACUGGCACACCAGUCAGUUCACACUGGGGAAAAGCAGUUCACCUGCUCAGAAUGUGGGAAAGGAUUUACUGAAUCAUCCACCCUGCAGAGUCACCAGCAAGUUCACACUGGGGAGAAGCCAUUCACCUGCUCAGAAUGUGGGAAGGGAUUCUCACUGGCAUCCCACCUACAGAGACACCAAUCAGUUCACACUGGGGAGAGGCCAUUCAUCUGCUCAGUCUGUGGGAAGGGAUUCACUAAAUCAUUGCAUCUGAAGGUACAUCAGCAAGUUCAUCCAGGAGACAGGCCGUUCACUUGCUCAGACUGUGGGAAGACAUUCACUCAGUCAUCCCAUCUACAGAGGCAUCAGCAAGUUCACACUGGAGAGAGGCCAUUCACCUGCUCAGAAUGUGGGAAAGGAUUCACUCAGUUACAAGUGAGAGAAAUGAAAGAUAAAGGCUGCGGAAGGCAGAGGCAGUUUGAGGAUAGGGAGGCAGAAAAACAGAGGGACGAAGCAAAAAGACAGAGGCUGUUUGAGCUGUAA